CCUGCAUUGUCACAAACUUCAAACCAAAUUGCUUUAUGGCAAUUUGUAAUUUAUUGUAAAGUAGUAGUUGUAAAUGUAUAUAUUCAUAGCCUAGGUGUAAAUGUAUUCAUAUAUUUUUGUGUCUGUUAUGUAUAAUGCUAUUUGAAAUGCACCCGUUUACUGCUUUUAUGAACGUAGAAAGUACACGUUCGUACAUCGACGAUUUGUACUCCCAAGACUCCAAUAAAUGUUUGGCUUCCAUAAUAUGCAUCAAGAACUCUGUAAUUGGCUCGAAUCGGCAAAAAGAAAGCGUUAUUGCACAGGGUAUUGUGCCACGAUUGAUUUACCUUCUGAAAGACAAAAACAUGAAAAUGGAUGUGCGAGUCGAGGCAGCCGUGACAAUUGGAUCACUGGCAAAAGGCACAGAUGAUCAUAUUGAACUAUUAAUCAAUUCUGGAAUAAUACAAAUUCUGUUAGAUUUAUUGGAGGAAGAUGAGCCUAGACUCAUUGAUGCAUGCUUAUGCUGUUUGCGCACUCUCUCACAUCAAAAAGUGAACGUCGCUAAAUACAGCGUCGGAAACCUGCAGAAACUGUUGAGUUUUGUUGGUCCCAAGGACAGCUUACAAAGGCAGGCAUGUGUGGCCAGUAUUUUGAGUAGUGCAUGCAAAUCACCAGCUGAACAAAAUGCUCUCUGCCAAGUGGGCGCCCCUAGAGUUUUAUCCACACUUUUAACUAUUGAAAACAGUUUAGUACGGAUCCCGGUAAUCACCUGUUUGGCAUCCAUGUCCUGGAACAAUCAAUCUGUGGCAGCUGAAAUUGCCAACACUAUUUGCCAAGAUAUGAAGAUACCCAACUAUUUGGCCAAUUUGAUUUCCAGAGAUAGACCGAUUGAAAUGCAGCUGGAAGCUGCCAGAUGCUUAACUAAUUUGUACAGGGCUUUUGCAAUUUCACAGAAUGAUCCUAUUAUUACACAUCGCACACUACCUUGUCUUGUUAGACUUUGUCAGGUGGAGCACUCAGAGAUACAUAGAGCAGCAUCUGCUGAAACUUUGGCCUAUUUAAUUGAAGUGGACAGCAAUUUCCAACAGAUAGCAGCCAUCAGUAACCAGUUGGUUAGUGCAUUAGUUGACCUUCUCAAAUGUUCUAGUCCUGCGGCUAGACAAGCGUCAUUUAGAGUGUUCGCAUCACUAGGUGCGAACGACGAGGAUAUUAGGAAAAGGAUAAUCGACACUAAAUGUCUGAUGGACUGUGUCGUGCAGGGGUUGGUGGACGAGAAUAAAGAUAUUAGAUUGGCGGCCGUCCGGUGUCUACACUCUCUCAGCAGAUCCGUCCACCAACUCCGCACCACUUUUCAAGACCACUCUAUUUGGAAGCCACUUAUGACACUUGUUGCUGGUAAUAAAUUAGUUAAAUUAUUUAUAAAUGGCUUUUACAUUAUUCGUUUUUGUUUAGGAUCACCUUCAGUUGAAUUAUUAACUGCCGCUUCUUCAGCUCUUUGCAAUUUAUUGUUGGAAUUUUCGCCAGCCAAAGAACCCAUGUUGCAGCAAGGAGUCGUACAACUAUUAGCUACUCUUACGUCUAGAUCUGAUCCCGCUCUUCGCCUCAAUGGCGUGUGGGCGCUCAUGAACCUCGCUUUCCAGGCCGAACAACGUGUCAAAAAUCAAAUACUCACCACUCUCGGCACCGACCAAAUUUUCAGAUUGUUGGCGGAUUCGGACACGCGUGUUCUCAUGAAAACGUUGGGAUUACUACGUAAUUUGGUUUCUCCGAGAACACAUGCGGACGCGAUGAUGGCAGAACACGGUCCCCACGUUAUGCAAGUGGUGGUUUUGGUACUGGAAGGUCCGCACUCGCCCGAGAUUAAGGAACAAGCGCUGUGCAUCCUCGCAAACAUAGCCGACGGCGAAAAGGCAAAGGAUCACAUCAUGUCGAACGAGGAUGUACUUAAGAAGUUGAUCGAUUACAUGACACAUCCGGCACCAUGUCUACAGGAGGCUGCAGUCUUCUGCAUCAAUAAUUUGACGCAGAGCGGCGAAAUCGGAGCGGAAGAGAGGCAGAACCGGCUUAGAGACAUGGGUGUGAAGAAUAUACUGCAGCAAAUCUUGGGCUCUGCAGAUGCUGUGUUGGCAAACAGAAUCAAAACAACCCUUGAGCAUUUCCCGGAUGUUUAAAGUUAUAUAAAAGGAAGAGAUUACUCCAUUGACACACCCUUGUCUGAUUAAAUGUGAUGUUUAGACUGAAGAAGCGUAAUAAUAUGGUUCUACCUUUUUAAAUGAUUAUAGUAGAAUGAAAAUUAUACGAAAUUUGAAAUGUACCUUAUACAUUGUUUUACUUUAUUUUGUGUUAUACUUUUGAAUGCACAUUAAAUAUAUGUUAUAAAAAACCAAAAAUUAAAUUUAUUUCAGUUAAAA